AUGUUUAGUUUAACAAAACAAAUUCUGUUUAAAUCAUCAACAGUAAAGAAUGUUGUUGGUAAUUUAAUGUAUAAUGCUUCAUCUUCUGUUGUAAGAUCAUAUUCAAGUGUUAAUAAUAAUAACAACAACAGCAAUAAUAGCGAUGCCUCACCAUUGAGACGUAUGAAUAACAAGGUUUGUUUUGUAACUGGUGGAGCUGCUGGUAUUGGUUUGGGAAUAGUGGAGCGUUUCCUCAAGGAAGGUGGUAAGGUUGCUGUUGCCGAUCUGAAUGGUCAGUUGGCGUCGGAUGUCGCCACAAAGUUGGACAAGCAAUAUCCAGGCUCGGUGAUUGCCAUCAAAGCUGACAUCACCCAGGAGGAGGAUGUCCGUCAGGGCAUUGAGAAAACUGUCGCCAAGUUUGGUGGACUCGACGUCGUCGUCUCGAAUGCCGGAUUCCAACAUAUCGAGGCACUGGAGGACUUGCCGCUUGAGAUGUGGAAGAAAAUGUUGGCCGUUCACCUCGACGGAUCGUUCUUGUGUGCGAAACACGCCAUCCGCCAAUUCAAAAAAGAUACGGUUCGUGGAGGAUCGAUUAUCUUUAUUGGAUCGGUACAUAGCAAGGUUGCAUCGGAUUUGAAAUCACCGUAUGUCACUGCCAAGCAUGGAUUGGAGGGAUUGAAUCGUUCGGUAGCUAGAGAGGCUGCCAAGUACAACGUUCGUUCCAACUUGUUGUGUCCAGGAUUCGUCAGAACCGCGCUGGUCGAGCGUCAGAUUCCACAGAUUGCAGAGCGUAUGGGAAUCUCAGAGGAUCAGGUCAUCAAGAGCGUCAUGCUCAAAGAUACACUCGAUGGUGAAUUCACCUCGUUUGAGGAUGUCAAUGAGGUUGCUGUCACAUUUGUCCACAUGCCAUCGAAAGCAUUAACCGGACAAUCAGUCAUAGUCAGUCAUGGUUGGGUACUUGAAUAA